AGAGCCGUGGCCGCGCCGCCUCCUCCCCGCCCCGGAAGGCGCAGAGCACGGCGCUGCCGCGAGCGGGCCGAGGAGAUGGUGGUGCUGAGCGGGGCGCGCUGGCUCCGCUGCCGCCUCACGGACCGCUUCUGGAGGGUGCAGGAGGUGCUCAAGUAUGCGCGGCACUUCCGUGGCAGGAAGAACCGCUGCUACAAGCUGGCAGUACGGAGCGUCCGGAGAGCCUUUGUGAAGUCCACCAAGGCCAGGAGAGAGAAGAAGAGAUUCCUGAGAGCGCUCUGGAUCACUAGGAUUGGAGCAGCUUCUCUGGAACACGGUUUGAAGUACCCAUCGUUCAUAAGCAAUCUGUUUAAGUCCCAGGUGGAGCUGAACAGGAAAGUGAUUGCAGAUCUGGCUAUUUACGAACCAAAGACAUUCAAGGCCCUCGCUGCCUUAGCCCAGAGGAGGAGACAAGAAGGCUUCCUCGCCGCCCUGGGAGAUGGAAAAGAACCAGAGGGGAUCUUUUCACGCAUUGUACACCGCCAAUAUUGAUGGGAAAGAGGCUGCAGAUACGUGUCAUGAACAGGAACUUGUGCUGCAGGGUCAGCUCGCUCGCUGCCCGCUGCUGAGAGCCUGGCUGUGGAGCACAGUCCUCAUAGAUGGUUCCAGAAGGAGGAGGGGAGGGCCCGGGCGCGCUGUGGUGACUGUCCCCUGUGGUGUUGUGACUGAAACCGCGGUUUGAAGCCAGGGCUGUAGAAAUCCCGCUGUUAACGCCGCAUACAUCGCGCACUUGGCUUUCUGUCCCGUUACGGGCUUAAUAAAGGCGGUUUUGGUUAAUU